UGCGUGGGCCAGGGUGCGGCGCGGCCGGGCAUGCGCAGAGCGUGCAGGCGCGGUUGCCGUGGCAGCGCCCGCCCGUGGGGAGAGCGGUGGGAGGGCGCGGCGCGGAGCCGGCGACCCGCGGGCUGAGGCGGCGCGGCCACUGAGAGUCCGUGGCGGCCGGAGGCGGCGCCGGGCAGGCCUGGGCGGCGGGGCGAGGCGCCCGGGCCCGUGGGGAUGCGGGACCGGCUGCCGGACCUGAGGGCGUGUAGAAAAGAUGACGAUGGGGACACAAGUGUUGUUGUUGAAAAGGACCAUUUCAUGGAUGAUUUCUUCCACCAGGUUGAGGAGAUCAGGAACAGUACAGCUAAAAUAGCUCAAUAUGUUGAAGAAGUAAAGAAAAACCACAGCAUCAUACUUUCUGCACCAAACCCAGAAGGAAAAAUAAAAGAAGAACUUGAAGAUCUGAACAAAGAAAUCAAGAAAACUGCGAACAAAAUCCGAGCCAAGUUGAAGUUGAUUGAGCACAGUGUCGGUCAGGAUGAGAGCGGGAGCCGGGCAUCGGUGGAUCUUCGCAUCCGGAGAACCCAGCAUUCCGUACUAUCUCGGAAAUUUGUGGAAGUUAUGACAGAAUAUAAUGAGGCACAGACUCUGUUCCGGGAGCGGAGCAAAGGACGGAUACAACGUCAGCUAGAAAUAACUGGAAGAGCCACGACGGACGAUGAGCUGGAGGAGAUGCUGGAGAGCGGGAGCCCUUCUGUCUUCACGGCGGACAUUAUAUCAGAUUCUCAAAUUACUAGACAAGCGCUCAAUGAAAUUGAGUCUCGUCACAAGGACAUCAUGAAGCUGGAGACCAGCAUCCGGGAGCUGCACGAGAUGUUCACGGACAUGGCCAUGUUCGUGGAGACCCAGGGCGAAAUGAUCAACAACAUAGAAAAGAACGUGAUGAACGCCACAGACUACGUGGAGCGAGCAAAAGAAGAGACAAAGAGAGCCGUGAGGUACCGCAGCAAAGCUAGGCGGAAACAGUGGAUGAUUGUAGCCGUGUCAGUGCCCUGGUUUCCGUAAAUGCUCUGAUUAUUGGUUUAUCAGUCAUCAGAUGCCCACUCGGAUCAUGUCCAUGUGUGUGUCCCCGCUGGCACGGCAGAGAGGAACUGACCGCUCAUCCAUGCAGUAACUGUCCUGAUCAGCUACGCGGCUUGCCCAGUCCCGCCAGCCUGUCUGCGGGGUGGGGCCCAGCGUGUCGCCCGCAGUGCCUGUGCCUGGCCACCACGUGCACUGGGCGUUAACCGGCGGCUGAGGGUCAUCGUUCAAGGGAGGCCUUCUUACGUGGCCCGUGAAAGCCUUGGUGUGCAGGUGUGGCAGGGGUCCCCUUCCUGCCUGCGGGGUGCCCGCAUCCCAUUGGCGCUCGCUCAGUGAAUGGGCUCUUCCUGCAUUCAUGGACCUUUUCAGGUUUCAGCUUUGGGAAUAAUUGCAACAACUGAAAGUUGCUUUGUGAGGUCUCCCCGCUGCAGGGGUUCUCGGGGCCCUGGGGGAGUGGGAGCGGGGUCUCCAGGGACGUCCUUUGUGUCACUCGUGCCCGCUGCAGGUGCUUUCCCCACAUCCCCUCGCUGAAGUGAAGGCCGUUGGGUCAGCCUGCCCGCUCGUGAAGGGUCCUGAGUAGAGCACAUGGUUCUACUUCAUGGUGAUGGAGGUCCCUAGAUUUCUGUUUGCCUUGUUUACCGCUCUCCAAGGUUCAGUACAUUUUGUGUUUUCACUCUGGUCUCUGGUACGCCUGGGACCUUCCUCCCCGAGGGGGCGCUCGGCUGGCAUGUGGCUGGCGGGCUACAUCCCGGACCGGUCGGCCAGCUCCUCCCGAGGGCCUCGAUGCAGCGCCCGGCGGCGGGGUGAUGGCGGGUGGUCCCAGGGAGCCCCUUCUCCGGCUGUGAGGGCGACUGCAGACACGGGAUGGACAUCAAGUGGAGAGGAGGCCCGCGCUGGCGUGGGGGCCGGGGGUCCUGAGCCUGCGUUGUCCACACACCCCAGGAUCACACGGGAAGUGGUUUCAGAAGAGGCUCUGGCCGCGGAGCUGGUCGUAGGUCAUUCUUCAGAAGGAAGGAGGCUUAGCGCUCUGUGUUGAGACAUUUAUGUGAUCUUCACGAUGCUGUCCUAUUAGCUCUGCUGGAGCUAACACGGUGUCUGUGAUUUUCUUUGCUAAUAUAAUUGCAUUUAAAAAUAUUUUCAUAAUGCUUUAAAAAUACAUAUUUUCUUAGUUUUUUCCGGUGGUUAUAAUAUGGUUGUUUGAACGUGGUUACGCUAAAGUUUAAAAUUAAUGUUUAGGUUGGACCUAGAGAUGCUGUUUGGUCAUGCUAUUGGGUAAAAACAGGCUUUUCAGUGUGAUUUUUGGGGGAGCAGUGGGGUUAUCGUGGGGCUUGGGCCCAGUUUACUCUAGUAUCUUCAGAUAUGAACACAGAACAGUCCUCAUUAAUAAAAACACGCCAGAGUGCGUGUCAACAAUUACUUCUUUUAUACAAAUGCAGUGGUUGAUGUCUGUAAUUAUACUUCUGAAAAUUUAUGUUUUCAGCAGAGCCCUCUGGGGAGCCGGGCACCAGACUGUAGGCACUUUGUGGAAGUAACACUGCAGCAUGGGGGGGCACUUGAUUCCUGAUCCAAGGAGACAGGCAGAGAGUGCCUGGCCCAUGGUUUGUGUCUAUGAGUUGGGAGAGCCAUGCCUAGAACUCAGAACAGGAUUGGCGCCCUGGGUGUGCUCUGUGCACUGAGAGAAGGGCGCACGUGUGGUUUGAGCUAUUGGCGGGGUGUUAGAGAAGAACGGUUGCUCCAUCCGGAGCGCAGGAGUUCAGCGGUCCUGGGAUUCGGGGGAGCACCACCUCGAGCCGGUGGGGAAGGACGGACACAGGUGCGCAGAGCCAGCCCCGGGGUGCAGAAGGUCCGAGCUCAUGUGCAGGUGGUCGGGUGCCCCAGGUGGCGGCAGCAGGUGCUGGAGCUGAAGGGUGCCCGCCGAUGGUAAGGAAGAAGGGACCGGAGGCCAGAGGAAAGCCUGUCAUCAGAUCAUUGUGCUGAGCAGAGUUCACGGGUGUAUGGUGGGAUGUGGCUGGGGCUGCAGUCCUCACGCCAGGAACAUGGGGACCUGAAGGUGGCACUCCCUGCCCUCGGAGUGACUGACUGAACGUUUCCUGUGGGCCUGGCACGCAGUGUGGACGGUGCUGCUACAGGCCGGUGCUGGCUCAGAGCCAUGCCAUCUUCACAGGCCUGUUUCUUAGACGCCGGUGUGGCCGGUGUGUGAGAGCUGGCGGUGCAGGUGAUGAGUCUACUGUCCACAAAGGGAACCCAGAGUCAUGCAGGACCGGGUGCCUUUCAUCUUGUGACUUCUUGCCUUCUCUCCCAGACGAGUCCCCUGGAUGGGACCAGAUGCCCUAAGCCAAGGGCGGGCUAGCUUCCAGCUGUGCAGGGAUGCUCGAUAGCUGAGAACAAAGCUGGCUGUGCUCAUAGCCCGGCCUCUGCGCUGCAGAUGUGGCGGGAGAAGGGUCAGCAGCUUCCGGUUUUUCACGCAUGUGCACACACCUCAGUGUGAAAACAUGGGGAGGUCAGAGGUUGGCAAAUGAGAGAUUCAUGUAAGGUUUGGAGAAGAUGUGCAGUGCGCCCGGGAGUAACAGUUUGUUGUUUCCGGCUGACCACUAGGGAGUGUUCGCUGAGAACCCGCACGGUGCCGAGUAGACAUUGCCUUUCCCUCCAGGAGCAUGUGUCGUUGUAACAACACCCGUUUUAGCUACAUCCCCUUAAUUUAAUAGACAUGUGUGCAUAGCUCAGAGCUUCACCCCUGGAGCUUUCCUUCCCCACUCCGUCCUUUCCUGUGACCUGUGGGACUCGUAUUUUAAACUCUUUCAUAUUUUGUUAAAUGACAUUAGUGAUUUCUUUCUUUUGAUACUUUGCAAAUUAAUUAAUGUUUUUCUUUAUC